UUUGUCUGCACAAAACGGAAGUGCAAGAAGCACAUUUUAUUUGUAUUCAACAGAAAAUGCCUCCGACAACCUUCAAAGUGGAACCUGGACUGGUUGAUUCAUCUAAUCCAGGUCCUUUCAUCACCAAACCAACACAGCCGACCGAAAAGAAGCCUGGACAACUGACAAAAGAACAAGUUGACCACUAUUUUGAGCAGGGUCACUUAUUAAUUGAUGACUUCUUCAACAUUGAGGAUGACUUAGAACCUGCAAGAGAUGCGAUCAGAGACAGAGUCGAGGCUCUCGCUCAGAAACUCUAUAAGGCUGGCAAGAUAAAAAAGUUAUAUUCAGACUAUGGUCUGUUCCAACGUCUAACGAUGAUUGAAAAGGAAUUCCCAGGUGCCAACGUACUACUUCAUAAACAGCAAGAUGUACCUCAGGCUUUUAGAGACUUAUGGGGCAAUCAGCGACUACUGAAUGCUGUGGAACAAUUGGUUGGGCCAGAUAUAGCUGCGAGUACAGUGUGGAACUUGCGCACAAAGACACCCAAGAAUGAGGCUACUGUAGUUCCCUGGCAUCAAGAUAGUGCCUACUUUGAUAACCAGUCUUACAAUUGCCACGUGGUUACUGCUUGGAUACCGUUUCUUGAUGCAAAUGAGGCUAACGGAUGCAUGCAGGUUGCAAGGGGAGGGCACAAACUUGGGAAGGUUGCCAGACAUGAAUGCUGCGCUGGUCCAACAUGGUACGUCAUGCUGGAUGAUGAGACCAUGAGUAAAACAUUGAAUGUGGACUUGGAGAACGAUAUUAUCACAUGCCCAGUGCCUUAUGGUGGAAUGCUGCUCAUAAACAACAUGAUUCCACAUCGAAGUUUGACCAAUGUGUCUAAUGAUAUCCGCUGGAGUGUGGAUUUACGCUGGCAGAAAGUUGGAUCGCCCGACUGUUUAUGGGGGAUAAAACAACCCCUAACUUUGAGAACUGCUGCAAACCCUAACAUGAAACCAGACUGGGCUGCAUAUGAGGCUGAAGAUAGAACAGAGGUGCAGACUACUUCCAUGGGAGUGAAAAUGGAUGAGUUUGAUACAACAAUAGCUGGGCCCUGGAUGAAAAAAUGGGAGCUAGUGCACCACAAUGAGCACACAAAGGCCUGGAUGGAACAGAACCCAGAUAACUGGAAAUUGGAGAACAAUUAAGAUAAAGUAAUACGGGAUAUAGUGAUACGGGAUAACUGCAAUAAAGCUGAAUAAUUUGAAAAAGCUUGAUACAUCAUAUCAGCAAAAGUCUGAUAAUUAAAAAAAACAAACACUGAAUAUGAUACAAGGAGGUGCAAUUAAGGUGAUUAACUGGGACUGUUUUAGUGAAUAUGUUGGC